ACUUUGUGUGACUAUUUGUCGAAAAAAAACAUUCUCAAGUUGAAAGGGGAUACAUAUUAUGCUUUGUUACAAAGAUAGGAGCAAAUGAAUUGAGUGCCUCAAUACCAUAGUUUUCACGUAGGUCUACUUAAUUUUUGGGGAUUCCUAUGUUGGGCGGGACUGAUUAGCAGAGUGAGGGAGAUUACGUGUAUUUAUGUGUGUGUGUAUGUGGGUGGGUGGAAUAGUUAAUCCGGGAUUACAAAAGGAAUAACAGAUAUCCUAUCGCUCCGAACGCUAAUUACCGUGCUACGUCCAAAGGGACAAGGGACUUAAACGGGGAAUAUUGAAUGUCAUGGCCGUUCACUCCCCCAACACGCACAGCGCCCGUUGCCUGACCCGCCAUGGCAUUCUUCAUGAAGCAGAUGUUGGGAGACAAGCUGAAGAACAUGGGCGCCGGCAGCGGCGACGACGAGCCCAAGGGGAGCUCCGACGGCAAGGAGACGCCGCAGUCCAAGGGCAUGUCCCGUGAGGAGUUUGAGGAGUACCAGAGGCAGCUGGUGGAGGAGAAGAUCCAGCGCGAUAAGGAUUUUGCCAUGAAGAAGGCGGAGAGAGCCAACCUGCGUGUCCAGUUGAGGGACAAAUAUCGGCUUCCCGAAAGCGCACAAGACGACGCCACCAUCCAGAUGGCUGGAGGAGAGGUCUACCUCCCCGAAGAGCUGGCAAAGAUGGUGGAGGAGGAUGAGGAGCAAGAGGAGGCCAGCGACUCCCUGCUGGGAAAGAUCCAGAACCUGGAUCUGGACUUUGAAGCCAUCAAGAGCAAAGCCCAGACGACCAUAACGGAAGUGAAGCAGGCCGCGGAGGAGAAGUGUGCCCUCAUGUGAACCACGGCAGUCUGUGACCACAUCACUUCCUUUGUCACUAAUGUAUAACCCACCGUUUUUACCCAUGAUGCAUAUCUUGUAAAAUGGACCCUAGUAACUGAAUGCACCGCGACCCUGCCUGCAGUUCUGUAAAACGACCCUCUCCCCAAAAAAGUGUUGGUCUGUGGAUGUCCUGGCAGGACUGACCCCAUAUUAAAAAGUAUUUGCACAAUGAAAAGCUAGACCCUUAGAAAGGGGCUAUUGAAUUACGGCUGAAUGCUUAAUUAAUUAAAAUAAGUUUCAUUACCUUUAGUUUUCAAUUAAAGAGAUGCAAAACAAAUGACCAGAGCAGAGGGAGAAUGAAGACCCAGUCAGGUAUGGCUGUACAUAUGUGUAUAUGUAAAUAAAUUCCUACACUAGAUUUAUAUUUCAAAAAUGUUGUUUAGGCAUCGCUGUAUGAGUGUAUCAGGUUUGGUGUAGCUUUGAAGGUUUGAUGCAUUAAAGGGAAGCUAUUUAGAGA